AAUCUGAUAAUUAACUGGUGAGAGUUAAUUAUCUCACUAACUCUCUCAUUCUCUCUCAACAAUUAGCUUUAAUUGUGACCAACAAUUGAAUUCAAGUUUCAGAAUAAAAAGAAAAUAUCAACUCGAUAAAUUGUCUUAACCUCCCAUUAAACAUUAAUUAUCUUCUACUUUAAUGGUUAAAUAAACACUCUUCUUCUAGCCUUAAUUGUGAAUGUUAAUCAGUUUUAAUUGUCGCAAUUUAAUAAGUGAAAAUAAAAAAUUUGUUUUAAUUGUGAAUUUAAUGUAACCUUUGAACUUGGCGGUUCCUCUCGUUUCCAUGGUUACUUAGUUUUGUUACCAACACAUUUGAAGAUUUGUUUUUAUUUCUGUGAUUAAAUUUGUUAAUAUUUCUAAAUUACUUUUCGUUAAUUUUUUGUUUAAUUAGUUAAUUGUUGACAAUCAGAAUUAAUUUCUGCAUUUUCACUCUCACUAAUGGCUACAUCUAGUAAUCUAUUAUCUUCCAAGAUAAGUGAUGUACAUAGACUAUUAGUUUCUGGUAAAAUUACUCCAACCCAAUUAUGUGAAAUUUGUUUAAAGCGAGUCAAUCAAACUAAACAAUUAAAUGGUUUAAUUACAAUUACAGCGGACGAAGCAAUUUCUCAAGCAGAGAAAUCUAGUCAACGGUAUAUAUCAGGUAAACAAUUAGGAGUCCUUGAUGGUAUACCGAUUGCUGUUAAAGAUAAUUUCAUGACCAAAGGCAUAAAGACAACUUGUGCAUCGAAAAUGUUGGAAAAUUUUAUCCCACCUUAUUCAGCGACUGUAGUUGAUAAAUUAAUCGAAACCAAUGGAAGCCUUUUAAUGGGUAAAACAAAUUUAGAUGAAUUUGCCAUGGGAUGUGGAGGAGUUGAUUCAAUUUUCGGUCCCUGUUAUAACCCAUGGAAUUCAGGGUUACCCUUUCAAGCGAUUGACCCAACAAAUGAUAAGAUUGUCCAUUCAAAUGAAGAGAAUCAUGAUCCUGAUGAAUGGUUCAUAAGUGGAGGUAGUUCUGGAGGUUCUGCUGUUGCUGUUGCAUCAGGAAUUGUUUACGCUGCACUUGGUUCGGACACCGGUGGUUCUGUAAGAAAUCCUGCCGCCCAUUGUGGUAUCGUCGGCUUUAAGCCAAGUUAUGGAGCUUGUUCCCGUUAUGGUUUGGUACCUUUAACCCAUUCCAUGGAUACGGUUGCGAUAAUGGGUCGAACCGUUGACGAUGUUGAAAUUGUUUUCCAAUCUAUCCAAGGUUGGGAUGUAAAAGACUCAACCAGUUCAAGGAAUCAUCCGUACAAACCUCUGGGAACAGAAUUGCCCAUUAAUCAACUGACCAUUGGUUUACCCGAUGAGUAUCUUCCUGAAUUUAUAUCCCCAGAGAUUCAGUCACUAAUCAAUUCAACUGUUAACCUUUUAAAAUCUAAAGGCAUCUCUGUGGUACCAGUUUCACUUCCCCAUACACCUUAUUCAUUAUCAUGUUAUUCUGUUAUCAAUCAAGCUGAAGUGGCCUCAAAUUUUGCCUGUUACGAUGGUAUUCAGUAUGGACAUCGUUCGAGAAAAGUACUGACCACCUCCAAAGUGAACAGUAAAACAUUAACCAAAGAAACCAGGACAAACUCAACGUCAUCACUUUCAUCAUCACCUUCAUCAUCAUCAUCAUCAUCUUCUUCUUCUUCUUCUCCUUCUCCUUCUUCAUUAUCUUCAUCAGAGAUUGAAAUUAAUUCCCCAGACAAUGAAACCUUUGAGAAUUUCAUUACAUCAUCAAGAGAUGAAGGUUUGGGUGAAAAAGUGAAAGGUCGAAUCAUGGCUGGAAAUUAUUUCCUUUUAAAAGAAAAUUAUGAAAAUUUUUUCCUUCGAGCUCUUAAAGUUCGAAGAUUAAUUGUCAAUGAUUUUGAUAAGGUUUUCAAUGACCAGAAAAUUGAUCUACUUUUAACACCGGUCACUUUAACCUCUUCUUGUACAUACUCGGAAUGGAACCGUAAAGAUGCCAUCAACGAAGACUAUUGUACUCAACCUGCAAACUUGGCCGGACUUCCGGCCUUAAGUUUACCUUGUGCCCUUUCAAAGUCAACAAAUUUACCUUUAGCUUUGCAAAUAGUUGGACCUCGUUACAAAGAUAAUAUUGUCAUUGCCUUUUCGAAAUUCCUUGAAAGUUUAUUAUCAUUUCCUCGAUUAGUUUACAAAGGGGAUUGAUGAUUAUCAAUGAAUAAAUAGUUACACGAAAAGAAGAAAACAAAAAAAAAAGAAAAGGUCAAAAUUUGUAGACCCACUUGUUGAACACCAAAAGAUAAGAUGAUUUAUAAAUGAAUGUUUAUUUUAAAGUCUUUUGUGUGUAGAAAACACAUAUAGCAUUUUAGAAUUGAUAAAAUACAAUCUGAAUUAAAGAUGGACAAUAGAAGCUAA